CUCCAGCAGCGGCGGUCGUUGCUCAGAGCAUCAGGGCGCUGAUCCUCCUCUCUCUCUCUCUCUCUCUGUGUGUGUGUGUGUGUGUGUGUGUGUGUGAGUGAGUGUGUGUGUGUGUGUGUGUGUCGGGGAGGCGUGCAGCAUGUUGUCACAGAUCCACUGAACGCUGUUUUAUUUUCUGCCCAACUCCCAGCAGGGUGUAGAGCUCCCACCAUGGGUUAGACAGAAAGCCACCUAUGGAUUAUCCACUUUAUGCACUUCAUGGAGGAUGAAGGGUUCGGGUGGGGGGGACAGAAUGGACAGAAUGGACAGAAUGGACUUAUUUUCGGAGAGACAUCCUGACAAAGACGGGGACUGAACAGUGACCGGGAUCGGCAGCCCCCCCAAUCCGACUCGCUCUGCACAUUUUUCUUUUUUGUUUCCAUUUUUCCUGUGUUUUUAAUUCUAAUUCUAAUGAAUGUGAUUCCCUGAAGUCUGCGUGGAGCAGAGAUGUUCGCUGAACUGCUGUGCGGCGCCGCGGCUCUGGUCCUGUACGUCAACACUCUGGGAGCCGAUUUCUGCUACGAUGACAGCCGAGCCAUUAAGACCAAUCAGGACCUGCUUCCGGAGACGCCCUGGACCAACAUCUUUUACGAUGACUUCUGGGGAACCCUGCUGACCCACAGCGGCAGCCACAAGUCCUACCGGCCCCUCUGCACGCUGUCCUUCCGCCUCAACUACGCGGUGGGCGGCCUGGAGCCCUGGGGCUACCACGCCGUCAACGUGGCGCUGCACGGCGCCGUGACCGUCCUGUUCACCUCUCUGGCCCGCCUGCUGCUGGGCGGCGGGCCGUGGAGCCUGCUGGCCGGCCUGCUGUUCGCCUCCCACCCAGUCCACACCGAGGCGGUGGCGGGCGUGGUGGGGCGGGCCGACGAAGGCGCCGCUCUGUUCUUCCUGCUGUCCUUGCUGUGUUACGUCCGUCACUGCGGGCUGCGGGGCCGCGCCGGGCCCUGGCGGCUGGCGGCGUGGCUCCUGAGCAGCCUGGCCUGCGCCGCCUGCAGCAUGCUGUGGAAGGAGCUGGGAGUCACCGUCCUGGCCGUGGCGGCUUUAUACGACGUCUGCGUUUUCCACAGACUCAAACUGAGACAGACCAUUCUGCUGCUGUACAAGAGGAGGAACCAGCAGCUGCGGCUGAACGUGUUGCUGCUGGCCGUGUGGGGAGUCGUCCUGCUGGCCUGCCGCUUCUCCUGGAUGGGCAACAAGCCGCCCAACUUCUCCAACUCGGACAACCCGGCCGCUGACUCGCCAUCGCUCCUCGCCAGGACUCUGACCUUUUUCCACCUGCCCGCCGUCAACUUCUGGCUCCUCCUCUGCCCGGACACGCUGAGCUUUGAUUGGUCGAUGGACGCCUUACCUCUGAUCAGGAGCCUUGCUGAUUGGAGGAACGUCCACACGGUUCUGUUUUACCUCGGGUUGCUUUUGCUGGGCUGGUUUGGCCUGUGGAUGCACUCAGCAGCCAGGACCAAGGAAACCAAUGGGAAAAGCCACCAUCACAUUAACGGCAGGAAUGGGAACAGCAAUGGACACAGUUACCACGAACACACAAACAACUCUCACACAGACACCAACACUAUUCUCACCCAGAACGGAACCAGCAGCCUGUCGGAGCGCAGGACUUCACUGCCGACCACGGACAACGUGGUGGCUUUCUCCCUGGGCCUUCUGGCCGUCCCCUUUUUACCUGCCACAAACCUGUUUUUCUACGUUGGCUUUGUGAUAGCAGAGAGGGUGCUGUACAUCCCCAGCAUGGGCUUCUGCCUGCUGGUGGCUGUGGGGCUGCGGUCGCUGUGUGUGCGACGCAGGUCCUGCAGGAGGCUGGUGCUGCUCUGCAGCGGCGCCCUGCUGCUGCUGUUUGGGAUGAAAACCGUGGUGAGGAAUCAGGACUGGCACAACGAGGAGAUGCUCUACAAGUCAGGGAUCUAUGUCAAUCCUGCUAAAGCUUGGGGCAACCUGGGAAAUGUUUUGAAGAGCCAGGGGAAGAUGGAUGGGGCUGAGCAGGCCUACAGAAACGCUCUGUAUUACCGCAGCAACAUGGCCGACAUGCUGUAUAACCUUGGUUUGCUGCUGCAGGAAAGCAACAAGUUCUCCGAGGCGCUCCGCUACUAUAAGCUGGCCAUUGGGAGCCGGCCAACGCUGGCUUCCGCCUACUUGAACACGGGCAUCAUCCUCAUGAAUCAGGGCCGCCUGGACGAGGCCAAGCGGACCUUCCUGACCUGCGCCGACAUCCCUGACGAGAACCUGAAGGACCCCCACGCCCACAAGAGUUCAGUCACCAGCUGCCUGUACAACCUGGGCAAGCUGCUGCAUGAGCAGGGCCAGCAGGAGGAGGCGAUCUCCAUGUUUAAAGAAGCAAUACAGAAAAUGCCAAGGCAAUUUGCACCGCAGAGCCUCUACAACAUGCUGGGUGAAGCCUACAUGCGCCUGAACAAGCUGCCCGAAGCGGAUCACUGGUACAGGGAGUCGCUGAGAGCCAAACCGGACCACAUUCCUGCUCACCUCACCUACGGAAAACUCCUGGCUAUCACAGGGCAGAAAACAGAAGCUGAGCGCUACUUCCUGAAGGCCAUCCAACUGGAUCCCACUAAGGGCAACUGCUACAUGCAUUACGGUGGGAUUUCUGUUUUUAUUUCAAAUUGACACAUCCUGACUUCUUAUCCUCACAUCUCAGUUAUUUGAUUUGGCUGUUGAAGACGUUCUGCACAAAGGCAGGAAUUUACCCAUUUUGGACAAGUGUUUGUUGACCCUUUUGUCACGUCUCCCUCCAAACGUCAAGCAUCUCUUUCUGUGCCUGGUUAGAGAGUUUUAUGAGAACAGAGGAUGACUUCCUCUCAUUGUUCACCUCAGUGUGAUGCGGACAUGGAGCGUGACGAUUUCAGCGACUCUCUGGUCUUCCAUCAUUUUUAAAAACAUUCAGUUUUAUUAUCAUGUUAAAUUAAUCAUAUUUUUCUGUAAAGAUGUCAAAAUAUGAGAAAAUGAUGUGAAUAAAUAUGUUAUCAGACAGAGUUUAUCAAAGUGGGAGCCACCAUGAAGACACUA